AUGGGAGGAAGCGGCCUCUCGUCGCUGGAUGCACCCCCAGACAGCCGGGAUGCAACUGAGAGCGGAGGGCCCAGGGACUCUCCGAGGCCCUUUCCAACGGUGCCUCUGCGUAAGCAUGCACCAGCCCUGCUCCCAAGCCUCGAGGAUGAAAUGUGCACCAAGAGACCCCGCAUGUCCGCGGAAGCCGCCUGCGCAUCAUGUUUCAGCAACGGCUCUUCUUGCAUUUCUGCUGCUGCCUCGACGCGCCCAGCUCCAGAUCGCUCUGACGCCGAGAGCCAAGCCCGUGGCUGGCCAGCGCCGGGUCCGCGCCCGUCGGGGUGGGUGCUGGGGGCAGGGGAGCCCAGCCAGGUUUCCCCACCUUCGCUGUCUGUCCACGGGCGUGUGCGGGACGAGGCCAAGGCCACACGGGUGGUGGCAGAGCGAGGAGAGAGCCUGGAGAGGCUGCUGCUGCAGGCCACCCAGCAGCACACGAUCCCAGGAAGCCUCAGCAGCCGUUGUCGAGCAAAGAUGGCGUUCUCAAGAAUCCCACCUUUUCAGAAAGGGCGGCAGCAUGACCAGAAGCUUGGCCUUGAGCCCCCCCCCCCAAUUAAAGGACGCACCUCGUGCGAGCAGCUCAGCGCCUGCGCUUCCUCCCCGUGCCAGAACGGGGGCACCUGCAAGGAUCUGGAGGACGGCUACAGGUGCCUCUGCCCACGGCAGCCCCUCGUGCUCGCGGGGCGGGACUGCGAGCGCCUGCACAACCCGUGUGCCGCAGACCCCUGCCCGCCUGAGUGGGCGUGCCAGGGGGCCCCCGGCAGCCUGAACUACACCUGCCACUGCAGGCCCGGCUCGUGCGGCCCCGGCGGGGACCACUGCCAGGCCGGCCCCUGCCCGCCGCCCCCCUUCGCGUGCGUGGAGAUCCCGGACGGCUUUGGCUGCGGCUGCGCGGGCGGCGAGGGCUGCCCGGCCGGGCCGUCGCUCUGCGCCAGCCAGCCCUGCCACAACAACGGGACCUGCGUGGAGGGCGCCGGAGAGUUCGCCUGCCGGUGUCAGCCGGGGCACGCCGGGGCCCGCUGCGAGGAGGAGGUGGACGAGUGUGCCUCGGGCCCCUGCCAGAACGGGGCCAUCUGCCUGGACCGGCCGGGCGCCUACAGCUGCUUCUGCGUGCCCGGCUUCCAGGGCCAUCGCUGCGAGAUCGACAUCGACGAGUGCGCCUCGCGGCCCUGCCAGCACAGCGGCUCCUGCCUCAACCAGAGGGACCACUACGCCUGCCUGUGCCCGCCCGGAUACGCAGGUGUGAACUGCGAGGUGGAGAUCGACGAGUGCGAAUCGGCCCCCUGCUGGCACGGCGGCACCUGCCGCGACCACGUCGGCUUCUUCUCUUGCUCCUGCACGCCGGGCUACGAGGGGCCCCAGUGCGAGGUCGAUAUUGACGAAUGCCACAGCCAGCCAUGUCUGCACGGAGGCACCUGCCAAGACCUUGCCAACAGCUUCCAGUGCGACUGCAGCGCCACCGGCUUCGAAGGGCCGACCUGUGAGCUGGAUAUCCUGGAAUGCGCUUCCCAGCCCUGCCAGAACGGCGCCACCUGCCUGGAAGGUGUUGGGCUCUACAGCUGCGCUUGCUGGCCAGGGUACCUGGGCCCGCACUGCGAAGACGACGUGGACGAGUGCGCCACGCGGCCCUGUCUAAACGGCGGGCUGUGCUUGCAGCGGUCCAACCAGAGCUACUACGGGGAGCAGGCGGACUUUCCAGAGCAGUUCAGCUACCAGGGGGCCGCGGGAUUCCUCUGCAGAUGCCGGCCCGGCUUCGAGGGAGAGCGCUGCUCCAUCGACGUCGAUGAAUGCAUGUCGCAGCCAUGCCAGAACGGAGGAAGUUGCGUAGACCUGGAGAACGGCUAUCGCUGUCAGUGCCUGCCGGGCUUCUCAGGCGUCGAAUGCGCCACGGACGUGGACGAGUGCGAGGGCCAGCCCUGCGAGAACGGGGGCGCCUGCGAAGACGGCAUCGCGGACUACCUGUGCCACUGCCUCCGUGGCCCGGACGGCACCGCCUGGGGCGGGAAGAACUGCUCGGUGGAGCUCACGGGGUGCCACGCGCACCGCUGCCAAAACGAAGCCUUCUGCACGCCCACCUACCAGUCCGGGGCCCACGGAUACCUGUGCCAGUGCCAGCCGGGGUUCUUCGGCCCCCUCUGCUCCGUCCCCACCACCUUCUCCUUUACGGCCGGCGCGUACCUCUUCCUCAACGUGUCCGCCGGCAACGAGAGCGCCAGCGAUGCGGCAGGGACUCCCCCGGCCGGCGUGGCCCUCUGGUUCCGCACCACCCUCCCCGACGCGCUCCUCUUCUUCCGGGGCAGCCGGGCAGAGCACCUGCUCCUGGAGCUGACGGGGGGCCUGCUGCGUGCGGACCUGUUGCUCGAAGGCGCCGCCCUCUCGCUCACCCUGCGGGUGCCGCAGGUGGACGACGGGCGCUGGCACAGGGCUGAGGUCCUCCUGCGAGCGGCCCUGGAGCUCAGGCUGUGGCAUGGCGCCUGCGGAGCAGGGGUCUGCUUCUCCAGCCACCCCCUCGGCCGGGGCGCCCCCGUGUCCCCGCCGGCCUCCUUCUCGCACGUUUACGUCGGAGGAGUCGAAGAGGCGCUGGCGACCGGCCCCAGCAGGAGCUUCCUGGGCUGCUUGCGAGACCUGACCGUGGACGCGAGGGUCGUCCUCCCGCAGGAGGCGGAGGGGCCGCCCGCCUCGGGAUUCCAGCUGGGCUGCGAGAGGACCGAGUGGUGCCGCUCCCAGCCGUGCCUGCACGGCGGCCGGUGCGUCGACCUUUGGGCGGCCUUCUCCUGCCACUGCCCGCGGCCGUAUGAAGGCCAAACGUGCGCGCACGAGUCCCCCGCAGGCACCUUCGGCCGGGACGCCUCCUCCAGCUUCGCGACCUUCUCCAUCAGCACCAGCCCCGGCGCAACCUUCAACCUCUCCUUCUUCCUCCGGACUCGGAAGCCCGACGGCCUGGUGCUCCUGAUCGGCAACGGGACUGCGGCGCUGCUCUCCGUGUACCUGCAGGGGGGGCGGCUUCGGGUCCAGGCUCCGCCCGCCGCCACCUUCGGGCCCGCUGGGCACGUGGCUGACGGCGCCAGGCACUCCGUGGUGCUCUCUUUCCGGGAAGGCGUGGUGCGUGCCGAUCUUCUGGGCAGAGAGGAGGAGCUGGGGCCACUGCAGCUGGCCCCCCUUGCCGCCGGCGCAGAGAUCCACGUGGGGGGGCUUCCGGACCAGGAGCGCACCGGCACCUGGGGAGGGUACUUCAAGGGGUGCCUCCAGGACGUCCGACUGGACCACCACCAGCUGUCGUUCUUCCCCCGCCCCACCAGCAGCCACCGGGCUCUGCGAGAGGAAUACCUGGGAGAGGCCACCAACGUCCUUUCGGGAUGCCUCUCGGAUGACACCUGCCAGCCCGGGCCGUGCCUCAACGGCGGCCGAUGCACCGUCACCUGGAACGACUUCAGCUGCAGCUGCCCCUCCAACUCCACGGGCAAACGCUGCGAGGAGCCAGUGUGGUGCGCGGGCGAGCCGUGCCCGCAGGACACGACGUGCGCCGACGUCCCCUCCGGCUACGUCUGCCUGGCCAGUACCACGUAUUACGAGCACAACGCGGUCGAGUUCGCCCCCAACGCGAGCAUCACCAGAGCCCUGCACAGCCUCCGGCUGGACUUCAGGACCCGUGAUGAGGAUGCCGUGCUGCUGGGGGCCGUGGCGGCGGCGGACUCUCUCCUGGUGGCCAUCCAGAACGCCUCCCUGAGGGUGGAGCUCCGCAGCGGGAACGGUGUGGAGGGGGCGCACUUCCUGAGCCGGGCGCCCGUCUCGGACGGCUCGUGGCACACGCUGGCGCUGUCCAUGGAAGAGCCCUCCGCUCCGUCGUCGCGCUGGCACCUCCGCCUGGACGGAGCCACCAAUGCCACCCUGCGGGGCAACGCGGGGAGCCUGGACUUCCUCAAGGGCAACGCGGCAGUCUUCCUGGCCAAAAACUUCACCGGCUGCCUGGGGCACGUGGACAUCGGGGGCGUCUUCCUGCCACUGGCCGUCCGCACCGCCUACCCGCAGCCGGAGCAGUUCCUGCUGGUGACCGGGGGGGCGGCGCUGCUCGGCUGCAGCGGGGGCGACGUGUGUGCCUCCGGCCCGUGCCAGCACGGCGGCGCCUGCCAGGACCUGUUCGGCGCCUUCCGCUGCGCCUGCGCCCCGGGCUGGGAGGGCCCGCUGUGCGAGACGGACACGGACGACUGCGCACCCGGCCCCUGCGUGCACGGGCGCUGCGUGGACGAGGUGGGCGGCUUCCAGUGCGAGUGCCACAAGGGCUACAUCGGCAAGCGCUGCCACAUCGACGUGGACGACUGCAUCCGCCACCAGUGCCGCAACGGGGGCAGCUGCGUGGACGGCGUCUACAGCUACUCCUGCCUGUGCCCCCCCGACUUCACCGGCCCGUUCUGCGAGUGGCCGUUCCCCCCCGAGCAGUGCGGCCAGAACUUCACCUGCCUGAACGGCGGCCAGUGCACGAGCAGCGCCCAGGGAGCCAACUGCAUCUGCAAGCCGGGCUACGCGGGCAGGAAGUGCCAGAUCAACAUCAACGACUGUGACCCCAACCCCUGCCAGAACGGGGGGACCUGCCAGGACUCGGUAAACCGGUACCGGUGCGUGUGCAGCGCUAGCUACACGGGAGAGCGUUGUGAUGUGGACAGGGGGAGUCCUCCGGGGGCGCUCUUCCCGUUCCCCCUCACCGAAGUAGCGGUGCCGGUCGGCUGCAGUUGCUUGCUGCUGCUGCUGAUCAUCCUCGUGCUUAUGAUUCUCACGGCCCGGAAGAGGCGCCAGACGGAGGGGACCUACAGCCCGAGCCAGCAGGAGGGGGCAGGAGCUCGCCUCGAGAUGGACAGUGUGCUCAAGCUGCCACCGGAGGAGCGGCUCAUAUAG